AUGGCGGGCCCGAACGUCCCCGUGGACGAGCUCGAGGAGAUGCUCGUGGUGGCUCUGCGGCGAGUCGAGCGUUUCGUGUCAACAUGCGACGCGGGCGCAGGACUUGCGCUCGUGGCCACGCGCGUCGAGGCGGAGUUCGCGGCCCGCACGCGCGACAUCCAGGCGACGUCGACCUUCGUGCACCGCAUGUCGCACGCGCACCUCGACGCGUUCUGUCGCGAGAUCAGCGUUCCGGGGAGGCAGCUGCGCACCAGGCCAUCGCAGGACGAUACGUACCCGUGCGGGCUGGGCGUGGCCGCGACGCUGGAGAAGCCGGAGGGGGGCAACUGGGAGGCCGUCGACGUGAUGCACACCAUCAUGAUCGCCGACGCGGCGGCAGACUCCGACUGCCAAUCGAACAAGGAUCAAAUGGCCGUUCUGAUGGGCGAGGCGCAGCGCGGGACGCUCACGUACGCCUUCGCGGAGAAGACCAAGGUGCGCCACGCGGGGCGCGCCUGGAACGUCACGCUGGGCGCGUACUGGACUCCGCAACGGCCGGAGAUACUUUGGUUGGACCCGGAUACGUUGACCGCGGACCCAAAGGGCAGGCGGGCGGGUCGGAGGGAGGACGUGGGGGCGUUCGUGGCGGAGAUCGUGCAGGGGCUGCGGAGCCCGAAGGUCGCGCGGAAGCUGUGGGCGACCUCCCUGGUCCCGCCGUCGGCCAACGGCGUCGCGCAAGGGCUCCAGGGCGUCGACCAGGACUGGGACGCCGCGGGGCGCUUCCCCGCGGUCACGCUCACGAUUCUGCAAGGCAACACGGUGGAGUCGCGCAGCCCCCGCGCGCUCUUGACCCUUCCGGACGGCAUGCAGUGGCAGCUCGCGGCCAACUCGCCCCACGGUGCGCGAGCGCCGUUCGCGAUCGUCGGCGAGAUCUUCGACAGCGACCUGUUCUGCCGCAGCGCGCCCGCGGCUCUGCCCUGGCGCGCCGUGGCGGACAAAUUUGCGGAGCAGCGGGAGCUCCUCAGCAACUGCUCAGCCGCGACGGUCAAGCGCGAGGCCCUCGGCGACGGGCCCGAGCAGCUGAUCAUGUACAUCUACGCGGCGGCCCUGGGGCAGCCGAACGCGAUGGCGGCGGCGCAGGCGAAGUUCGACCGCCUGUUUGACAUGAUUCGACAAAAGGCACCGCAUGGGCCGAGUUGUGGGUGCAAGAACUGCGUGUUUGCGAACCAGGGGAUCGCGGAGUGGAAGCGGGCGAACGCGGUGGUGCUGGACAGUCCGUCGGCGUACAACACGCGAGGGGGCGUGCUCUACGGGGCGGGGGCGUCCCCGGGCGAUCGAGGCCGGUUCGUGUGCGUGUCGACGCGCAAGGCGGCGGCGGCGUUCGAGACGAACGCACCCCAGGACGAGGUCGAGGAGAUGCUGGCGGUCGCGCUGCGCCGCGUGUGCGCGGUGAUGGCGCAGCCGAGCGCGCAGGGCUUUGAGUCGGUGGUGCUCACGCAGAUCGCCUCGGAGUGCUUUUCGCGCAGCCGCGACUUGCAGGCCACGUCGACGCUCCUCACCACCACGGGGCUCCCCGGCGCGAGCGCGUUCUGCAGCGCGAUCGACGCCGACGGCCGGGGCCUGCAUGCGGACCACUCCCAAGGUAUCGAGGACUGCCGCUUCCGCGUGCCGCUGGAAGUCGACGGCGGCGAAAGCUGGACGCUCGACUGCACGAGCUUCGUCGACGCCGACCGCGAGCCGGGGCGCAAGGCUCUCCUGGCCGCCGUGGGGGCGACUAAGAGCGCGACGGUGCAUCCGCGCGUGUACACGUGCUUGCGAGAGGUCGUGGAGGUCGAGGACGGGCCCGGGAAUAUCGGCAAGGCCGUCGUCCAGGUCACCGGGAGCUUCGUGAAGGACGUCCCGGACAAGAUAUUCCUCGCGGCGCCCCGCAAGCGCAUGAGCGGGAGCGACGCGUCCAAGCCAAGGAAGCUGGCGCGGUUCCAGCUGGGCGACUUCCGGAGUCCCGACUUCUUCGCGAAGCUCAUCGUGCGGGCGCUGCGCCGGCCCGGGGCGCUCCGCGCGAUCAGCGCCGGCGCCCUGCUCGCGCCCCUGAGCGCGGUCGACGUGUCGGCACACGCGCGGGAGGAAGCGUGGGGGCCGAACGGGGAGUUCCCCGCGGUGUCCGUCAACAUCGCCAUGGUGUUCUCGCCCAUCGGUCCGCACCCCCUGGUCUGGCUCGGGCUUCCGCGCGGCAUGCGCUGGCGGGUGGCGGGGCGCGGCGACACUGGCCUGACGCAGCUGACGGCCGAGGUCGCGAGCAAGGCCGACGUGGUGCUCGAGCACAGCCUGAGCUUCGGGACGACGUGGGACGCGAUAGCGCGCGCGACGUUCGACCUCGAGGACCGUGUUGUCAGACUGGUAGCGAUCACUACCCCGGGGCAGCAAUACGGGGCGCGGGAGCGCGACACCGUGCGGUCGGGGCUGCAAGGCAUGCUGGAUCACUGCGCGGUCCAGCGCGCGUUCGACGCCACCCCGUUCGACCGCGCCGAGGAGUACCGCGUCAUCAGGAGCGCCGCAAGGGAGCCGACGUGA